CCCCCUCCCUGCCCUGGCGCGCGUUGAGAAUACGCACUCGGAACAUCUUCGAUCUUCUCAGACCACCUCGGAUCCUCUGUUCCUCUCCUCUCCUCGUCCCAGCAGCUUGCAGGAGUACCACCGCCCCAGCAGGAGGAGCAGGAGGAGGAUCCCCGGUGUCGGCGGAGCGGUGUGAGGAUCUGCCCCUGCUCGGUGCGCUUCUUCUGCCUUUCAUAUAUGCGCCACACUGAGCGCGCGCACCGACCGACGGAGCGAGCGACCGCGCGCGUGUUCCGAUUCUGAAGUCGUGACGUCAUAACGUAAAUUCUUACCCGAGGAACAAAACUUCCCAGAGUUGCUAUACAGAGGAAACCGAGAGGAACCCAGGAGGACCCCAAAGAAACCAAGGGGAAGACAGAGGAACCCUGUGGAAACCAAGAGGAACUCUGUGGAAACCAAGGGAAAUCCAAAGGAACCCAGAAGAAAACCAAGAGGAACCCGAGAAACCCUAGAGAACCCAGAAGAACCCUGUGUUCUAUUUUUUUUUAAAUAGAAAGAUGAAAUGUAAUCACUGGACACUCAAGCGAUCAGAAGUGAAUGCUCAAUGGUUCCAGAUCUUCUCAUUUUCUGGGGUUUUAAAGAGAACGUGUCUGAUUGGUGAAGGAAACUGUCAUCUUCUCCACACGAUCCUGUCGUCUGAAAGGAUUUAAUCGAUGAGCUUUUCUCAUGUUGCGGUAUCGUCUCUGAAGAUUUCUGGACUGUUCCAUUGUUUAUUUGAAGGGGGAGGAGUGAAGAAAAACCCAGGACACUGGAUAUCCUACAAUGUCAUGGUCUCAUCAUGUUUCCGUGAUUAUUUAGCCUGUACUGUGAUGUCAUUCUGACCCGCCCCUUCUCUGAAUUGGCCAUGACGGAGGUGGGGCACUGGUCAGCGGCAGAGGUUUCCGAUUGGCUGGCCGAGGAGGGAAUGCCGGAAUAUUCAGAUGCUCUGAGGAACGUAGACGGCGUGGGUCUUUUGCAACUUUCUGAGGCGGAUUUCCAGAGAGAGCCGUUGUGUCUGGUCACUGGGGACAACGGGAGAAGUUUUUUAGAGCGACUGGAGACGCUGCGCAUUGCCAACCACAUGGGUAACCAUGGAAACAAUCGUCAAAUCAAUGGACACGUUGGAAAUGGGAAGGUUCACAAGGGGGCGGUAAAGAAUGGAUUCCGAUCAGAAGCGGUUCAGAUCCAUAUUCCUCUGCCAUCCGAGAACGAGCGCACAGCAUUUCCGACGGAGUGGCACAAAACAGGCCUGGCCUUUGCGUACGCAUUGUGUUGCUUCUUCACGACAUCGGUUGUGAUUUCCAUCGUGCACGAACGAGUGCCAUCCAAAGAGGAGUCUCCGCCCCUGCCUGAUAAGUUCUUCGAUCUGUUUGACCGUGUGCAGUGGGCGUUUUCCAUCUGUGAAAUCAAUGGGAUGCUCCUCGUUGCUGUUUGGCUCGUACAUUGGCUCCACCUCAAACACAGGUCCAUCAUUGGUCGCCGUUUCUUCUUUAUCGUUGGAACACUCUACCUGUACCGAUGUGUAACCAUGUACAUCACUACUUUACCUGUCCCCGGGAUGCACUUCAAAUGCGCCCCCAAGUUGUUCGGUGACUGGGAGGCUCAGGUGAGACGCAUUAUGAAGAUGAUCUCGGGUGGCGGUUUGUCCAUCACGGGCUCACACUCCCUGUGUGGUGAUUAUCUGUAUAGCGGACACACCGUCAUGCUAACACUAACGUACCUGUUUAUUAAAGAGUAUUCAUCGCGCAGGUGGUGGUUGUAUCACUGGGUGUGUCUUGGACUGAGUGUCACUGGGAUUUUCUGCAUCCUCUUGGCUCAUGAUCACUACACGGUGGACGUGGUGGUGGCGUACUUCAUCACCACACGCCUCUUCUGGUGGUACCACGCUCUGGCCAAUCAGCAGUGUCUGAAGCAGGAUUCGGAUUCGCAGACUAACGCUUUCUCUCGCGUCUGGUGGUUUCGUCUCUUCAGCUACUUUGAGAGAAACGUUCAGGGCGUCGUCCCCCGUCACUACCAGAAGCUAUUUCCGUGGCUCUCGUUACCAUGGCGACCCUCUGUGGGGGGCCGGGUGAAGUACACCGCUGUGGACUCGCUCUAACCCAGAAGAGAAAGUGACAGAGACUCGUUUCCCAUCAGCCCCUGCAGCCUGGACUCGACACUGUGAUGUGGAUGUUUUUUUUUUUUUUUACGUCCCUGAAAAGUCGACGUAGCGCCAAGAAUCUGAUUUUAUUAUUGAAAUACGUAUUAUAUAUAAAUAAAUACAUAAAUAUACAUCAUUAUUAACAGUAAAUUAACCACCAAAUAGUAUCUAAAGAAUUUUUCGGGGCUAUUUUUUUAUAAUUACGUCAGAAACGUAUUGUAAUCGUAUGUUGUGUAAAUCUUUUCUAAAGACUUUGGCAGAUUUAUUUUCCCAAAGUGAAAACAAAAAGAAGUAUUGGAUGUUUUUUAGAUUUGUAUUUUUCCUGAAUGCUGGAGCAUCUUCAUGGGAGAUUUGGAGAUUUUUUUCAGUGCCUUCCUCCUCCACGAUCCUACACCCGGUGGUAUUAGCUCGUUAGUGUGACGUCAAAUUCAGCCUGAUCGCUAAACGUUUGUUCGUCUUGUUGUGACCAAAUAGUUUUUGAAUGUGGGGUAAAAGUUCACCUCACCUGAUCCAUCGCCCAAAGAGAGUUUAGAUAUUUUUGUUUCCUGUAUGUUAGAGGUGAAUCUAGUGGCCACAAAACUACCCAAAAACAGUGAGUUAACUGCUGAACAAAAAGGGGCGGUCCUUAUUAAACAAUACAAGCUUAUUACUGAUUGGAUAUUCUAGAAAUCACACUGCUUUGUUUAGUCGUCUGUGUUUUCAUACUUUUACUUCACCACAGUGCUGCUGCUAAAUUUUCUUAUUGGCUGAGAGCAGUAUUCAGUGUUUUGAUUGGCUGAAAGCAGUAGUCUGUGGAUUACGAUUCGUUGGGGACUGUGACAGUUUUGUUUGCUUGAUUUGUGUUCAUUUUCAGUAUGGUGUGUUCUGAUUGACUGAGAGCAGUAUGAUGUGUUUUGAUUGGGUCGAAGCAUUAUGGUGUGGUCUGAUUGGGUGAGAGCAGUAUGGUGUGUUCUGAUUGGGUGAGAGCAGUAUAGUAUGUUUUGAUUGGGUCAAAGCAUUAUGGUGUGGUCUGAUUGGGUGAGAGCAGUAUAGUAUGUUUGGAUUGAGUCAAAGCAUUAUGGUGUGUUCUGAUUGGGUGAGAGCAGUAUGGUGUGUUCUGUUUGGCUGAGAGCAUUAUGGUGUGUUCUGAUUGGGUGAGAGCAGUAUGGUGUGUUCUGUUUGGCUGAGAGCAGUAUGGUGUGUUCUGAUUGGGUGAGAGCAGUAUGGUGUGUUCUGUUUGGCUGAGAGCAGUAUGGUGUGUUCUGAUUGGGUGAGCAGUAUGGUGUGUUCUGAUUGGCUGAGAGCAGUAUGGUGUGUUCUGAUUGGCUGAGAGCAGUAUAGUGUGUUCGGAUUGGGUGAGAGCAGUAUAGUGUGGUCUGAUUAGUUUUAAUGAAUGUAAAAAUAAAAGAUUUUUUUUAAGUUUUUUUGAAGAAACAAAGCACUUUAUUGUGAACCGUAAUCCAAUCCAGAAAACAUUGCGUCGCCUCAAUCUUCUGUUCGAUUGCUAUGGCAACGUCAGGUGUGUGCUGAUAAUCACUGAUAUAAAACAUCACCAUGUUCAACUCUCAUUGUUUAGUUUCCAACUAAACUUUACAUUAUUUUUGAAACAAUAACACGACCUCAGUACCGACUACAUGCUACACGCUACAUGCUAAAUACCGUUUCUCUUUAUUUUCUUUUGUAAAAUAUUGACACUUAAAUUUAUUUCUCAUUUUGAUCGCAAAAUUAUAUGAGAAUAUAAAAUCAAUCCGUUACAGCCGUUAAUUAAACAAAUAAUUAGAAUAAUUUUGUGUGUUAAAUGUAAGUAUUAAUUUUUAUUGUAUUUUUUUUUUCACAAUCAGAAACUCGCUCACUGUAAGUCGUUAUUUUUUCUCUUUGUUGAUGUUGAUCUGUUUGUGUUAAUAAAUGAUUAUAAUAUUAAUGAUUCAAGGGGUGGAGUUUGAAUGAAAUCUUUUAUUCUGUAUUUUAUUUCCUUAAAAUUAUUUAAAUAAACUUUUUUUUUUUUAAUGAUUACUUAUAUAAUUAAUGUCUUAAAUCAUGUUUGUUAAAUUAUGGGUAAUUUAUUAAAUUUGCUGAUUUACAAUUGUUAAUUUAUUUUUUAUAAUAAUAAUUUUAUUAGUAUAUACACUCAGAUGCCAGGCUGCUGCUGGAACUGAAAUGUUUUUUUUUUUCAUUUACAUUAUUAAAAAAUGUUCAUAUUUGUUAUUUCAUAUUUCAUAUUUUUUAUUUUUAAAAGAUUGACUGUGUAAAAUUUGGUAUUUAAUGAAAUGAUAUUUUUGCCUGUUGAAUUUCAGGUU